UCUAGAGGACAUCAAAUUUGAAAAAAGUUUACGAGAAAUAUUUAAAAAUUUGUCAAAAACUACAAUUUGAAAAUUUUAAGUAAACUUUGAGAAUAAAAGCGGCGUAGCAUGAAUUCAAAAGCUUGUAACAUGAAGCAGCCUUCUAAACAUUAUAAGCUUUAUGGAAGAGCAUAUGCCGAUAUAAAAAACAAGAAGACUUUUAAACAAGAUAAAAAACUAUGUAAUUUGGUGGAGCAGCAUCCGCAGCUGUACGACAAAGGACACAAGGGUUACGGUAAGAAAAAGACAACAGAUGAGGCAUGGUGCACGAUUGCGGACUCGUUGGGGAAGUCAGUGUCUCAAUGCAAGGCUCGUUGGGAAAAACUGCGUGCUGAGUACAUCGCCUACCUACGUUCCCUUGAAGCCGAUAAGGAACAGCAUGGUCGUAAAGGUCAAUGUAAAGAAACCGCGGUUGCCGCAGAAAAUAAAGACCUCAGGAACAAACAUUUUUUUGAAAUUCUACGGUGCUAUCUGCAAGAUAUGAACCAAAGAGAGCAGAAUCUAUGCCACAUUAGCAUGUUGCAAGCUGUACACGAAAUCAGUGGAAUGAAAAGUAGUGCAAGCGAUGAUGGCAAUGAUUGCAUCCAAGAUGAGAUAAAGUAUCUAGUAGACAAAAUAGACGAACAAGGACUCCGUACUUUGCAAGAAAUCAUUCAGAGAAGAAUAAAUAAAUGUAGUAAUGCAGACAUGUUCUUUACAUCAAAACCGUAGCUGGUAAAUGACGAAGUUACCAUUAAGAAUUAACCAGAUGCAAUCGCAAUGAAUUAAAACUAUAAUCCACAAAAUUAUAUCUAUGAAUAGCACAUAUUGAAAAAUAUUUACUUAAUAAAUCCUUUUAAAUAUUUGAAAUAUAUAUAUUUUUUUUAUCGAAAAUUCUUAAGGG